UUUUUUUUUUUUUGGUUAGAGAGAGAAAAAAGAAAAAUCCACUACAGACGCAGAAACGAAUCGUCUAAGGAAUCAAAUCAUAAUCAAACAACUAUACAUAAACGCAUAAAUAUAAAAAACCUCUCUCUCUCUCUCUCCCUCUGACUCUUUGAGUUUGGUUGUGUCUGAUUUUUUUUUUUUUUUUUUUUUUUGUUAAUAUUUUCUGACCUAGAUCUUGAAUACCCAUUUGGUCAAAAGCUUCAGCUUCCAGAUCCCUCACAGAUUUGCGUCAAUUAGGGUUGGGGGCUUGAUCAAACUACUCUCUCUCUCUCUCUCUGUGUUUCUGUUUCUAUCUCCUUAUUAUUUGGGGUUAAUUAGGUGAGAGGAAAGGGUGUUUUGGUGGAUGGGGAGGACAAAGGACGAGGGAGAGAUCAUUUGGAGAUGAAGAUUUGAUUGAUGAGUUUAUUGUAAAUGAAGACCAGUCAGGCGUGGCGUGUUGGCAUGGCUGAUAUGCAGAUAUUGCCGGGGCCUCGCCACCGCCCUCCUUUAAGGCGGCCCAUGUGGAUCAUAAUCUUGGUUUUGUUGGUCACAUUGUUUCUGAUUUGUGCAUAUAUGUAUCCACCCCAAAGCAGUGCAGCAUGUUAUGUAUUUUCUUCUCGGGGAUGCAUGUCAAUUACUGAUUGGCUUCCACCUGCACCUGCACGGGAAUUUACAGAUGAAGAACUUGCAUCUCAUGUUGUGAUUAAAGAUAUCCUGAAUUCACCUCCUAUUCUGUCUCACAAGUCUAAAAUUGCCUUCAUGUUCCUGACUCCUGGUUCUUUACCAUUUGAGAAACUGUGGGAGAAGUUUUUCCAUGGUCAUGAAGGAAAAUUCUCUGUUUAUGUGCAUGCAUCUAAGGAAAAACCAGUACAUGUGAGCCGUUAUUUUGUUAAUCGGGACAUACGCAGUGAUCAGGUCAUAUGGGGGAAAAUUUCGAUGGUUGAUGCAGAGAGGCGAUUGUUGGCAUAUGCACUCCAAGAUCCUGAUAACCAGCAUUUUGUUUUACUUUCUGAUAGUUGUGUACCGUUACACCGUUUUGAGUAUAUAUACGACUAUCUGAUGCAUACAAAUAUCAGCUUUGUUGACUGCUUUCAGGAUCCUGGUCCACAUGGAAAUGGAAGGUACUCAGAACACAUGUUACCUGAAAUUGAAAAGAAAGACUUUAGAAAGGGUGCACAGUGGUUCUCAAUGAAGCGGCAGCAUGCUGUGAUAGUUGUGGCUGACAAUCUUUACUACUCUAAAUUCCGUGAUUACUGCAAGCCAGGUUUGGAGGGGCGCAAUUGCAUUGCUGAUGAACAUUACCUGCCGACCUUUUUCCAUAUGACUGAUCCUGGUGGAAUUGCUAACUGGUCGGUUACACAUGUUGAUUGGUCUGAGAGAAAGUGGCAUCCAAAAUCAUAUAGAGCUCAGGAUAUUACUGAAGAGCUUCGGAUGAAUAUUACGUCAAUUGAUGCGAGUGUGCAUGUAACCAGUGAUGAGAAGAAAGAAGUGCAGAUGUGGCCUUGCUUAUGGAAUGGUAUACGACGGCCGUGUUACCUAUUUGCCAGGAAAUUCUCCCCAGAUGCUCUGGACAACUUGUUGCAUCUUUUCUCAAAUUACACGACAAUUUGAGCAAGAUACAACAAUUUGAGCAAGAUAUUUUUGACUCUUAAAAUUCUUUGGUCGAAUCAAUUGUUGCAUUUGACCCUUUCGCUCAAUCUUUGGUUUCCCAUAUAGCUUAUGAAGUUGUAAAUUGUCGCAUUAUUAGGCUUGAAUGACCCCAAACCACAAUUCUUGAGUGCAAGGGCAACUGGCUUAGCAAUUAGGGUGACGUGAGUAGAGCAGGAGGCUAAGAGGUUGUAAGUGUCAUUUCCUUGGGGAUGGGUGAAUUGUUGUCUAUUUUUUCCCCUAUAAUUUGGGCUAUAAAUGUUGAUCUACUUAUGCAGCAGAAAAUUUUGGGGGAAUAUUUCUGGGCAUUUUUUUUUUAAUUUUUUAUGGUUAAUUUUUGUAAAAGAUGAUUACAAGUUGAAGUUCUGAAUACAAAACAUAUCAACGGAGCUCUGAAAUUCAUCCUUCA